AUGUUUGAAACUGUUGUCUACGAACAUAUGGUAGGCUACGGGCUAUGUUUAUUCAUAAAUUGAUAAAUUUUUUAGGGAAAUCAAAAAAAAUUUUUUGUCAUCAUCUUCAUGAAUAAUAUAAAUUUUAUGUAAAAAUUCUUUCAGAAGGAUAAAGAUCCCUCAGAAAUGAAUCUCCACGCAUUUAUCGCCUUUUUGGCGAUGAUUUUUGCAAUAUCUUUGGCAGUGAACAAACCAAAAGAUCUCAAAAUCCACCUGGUUACUGUAGCCACAGAAGAGACGGACGGUCUAAAAAGACUGAAAUCUUCGGCGAAACAUUAUGAAUAUGAGUUGAAUGUACUCGGAAUGGGCGAGAAAUGGAAUGGAGGAGAUAUGCAGAGCGCGGUAGGAUCUUUGAGACAUUUUUGAACUGAUUUUGGACCGUACAUGCUUUUUUUGAUUGUUUCAGGGAGGUGGCCAGAAGAUCCGGUUGCUCCGAGAAGGUGUCAAGCAUCUUGCAAACGAUGAAUCGACAAUUAUUUUAUUUGUCGACGCCUAUGAUGUGGUUAUCAAUGGCGAUAUUCCCACUUUAAUCGAUCGAUUUACCUGGGAAUUCCCGGAAAAUCGAAUUCUUUUUGGUGCUGAGCCAUUUUGUUGGCCCGAACCGGAGCUUAUAAACCAAUACCCUCAAGUCAAAUUUGGAGAGAGAUUUCUGAAUUCGGGCUUGAUCAUGGGAUACGCACCGGAGUUUGUGAAAAUGUUGGAGAUUUUGGGAGAGACCAGGGAUCAUGAUGAUGAUCAACUGGCCUAUACGAAGCUGUACUUGGACUCGAAGACGCGGAAAGAGCUGAAGAUUGGACUAGACUCUUUGGCCCGUAUCUUCUUGAAUUUGAAUGGCCAGAGGGCGAAUGUGAAGAUGGAAAUGGGGAAGGAUGGAAAACCGGAGGUAAGAGGGGAUGGAUCAUAUGAUUUUGAACAAAAAUUAAAAAAUUCACUUGAUAAUAAAUCUGAUUCUUCUUUCUAAUGUAUAAAAAAGUCUGUUCUAGGUCUACAACCAUGUCUACAACACCCACCCCAUCUUCAUCCAUGGCAAUGGGCCCAGCAAAGUCCUCCUAAAUCAAUAUGCCAACUACAUCGGAGGCAAACAGAAUCUCUUGGAUGGAUGCGUGGACUGUCCCCCACUCAAACCCAUUCCCAACCCUCUGCCUACCGUUACUUUGGCCCUCUUUAUUGCCAAGCCAAUCCCUUAUAUUGAGGAGUUUUUGGAGAAAAUCGGAAAAUUGGACUACCCCAAGGAGAAGAUCGAUCUUUUUGUUUAUAAUAACCAGAACUACAAUUACGAUGAUGUUAGCGAAUUCUUGGCCAAGCAUGGUGAUGAGUAUAAAAGCAAGGAGAUUUUUAAUUUGGACGAUUUGGAAGAGAGGGCGGCUAGAAAUCAGGCAAUGUAAGGGAAUUUUGCAUCGUGCGGGAGAAAAAUUUUGGAUUUUUUUGUCAAUUUUGAUUAUCAAAUUUUGUUUUAGUGUAUGGGGAAUCCAGAAAUCGACGGAUUAUUUCUUAUCCAUCGAUGGCGAAGCUCAUUUGACCGACCCCGAGGCCAUUCAAAAACUUAUUCGAAGAUCAAUUACCAAUGAUUUGUAAGUUCAAUAUAAUAGGCAAAAUUAUAGAAGGAUUUCUUUGGAAUUUACUAUUUUUGUUUGUCUUUUUAUAGUCCAGACGACUUUAUAUUACGGUAUUUUUACAUUUAUAGUAUUUUUAAUUGUAUUAUUUUAGCGCGAUUACAAUUCCUAUGCUAGUACAACAAGGCCGAUUAUUCAGCAAUUUCUGGGGAGCAAUUGCCGAGAAUGGAUACUAUUCGAGAUCCGAGGACUAUGUGGAUAUUGUGGAGAAGAAACGAAUCGGAUCUUUCAACGUCCCCUUUGCCAAUGACGUCAUUUUAAUCAAAUCUGAGAGACUGGAAAAACUGAGGAAAUCAUUCGAUUUUAAUGAGAAAAUGGACCCCGAUAUGAGCUUCGCGGGGUACUGUAGACAUCAUGUAAGUGAUUGAGAAUUGUUUUCGACUUUUUUUGGAAUCAAAAAAUAUAUUUUUUUUAUGUUUAUGUAAUUUUUUCCUAUUUUAGGGGCACUUUUUGAUGUUAGACAACCAAGAGACCCUCGGAUUUCUUGUAUUUGCUGAUUAUUUUGAACAACUGAGUCCAGAGACCAUCCACAAGGAAGUGUAUGACUUUCCGAACAAUAAAGAAGUAGGUUUUGCAUUGAUUUUCAUACUGUAAUAGGCGAAUUUCGAAAAAAAGCGAUUUUCACGGCCGAAAAAGAAGAUUUUUUAACUGCCCUGAUUUAAUAUUGUUGAUUGAAGCUCUGGGAAGCCCGUUACCUCCAUCCUGACUACUACAAAACUCUGGAACCAGGCGCUCCGGUCUCCGAACCUUGCCCGGAUGUCUAUGAUUUCCCAUUUAUAAGUGAGAGACUCUCGAAGGAGAUGAUUGCCAUCAUGAAUCAUUAUGGAAAGUGGUCGUCCGGGAAGAAUGAGGACGAAAGAUUGGCCGGAGGCUAUGAGAAUGUGCCCACCAGAGACAUCCACAUGAGACAAGUUGGUCUGCAUCAUCAAUGGCUGGCCGUCCUCGACUCGUACGCCGCGCCAAUGCAGGAAAAAGUGUUUGAGGGAUAUUAUAACAGAGUAAGGAAGGGAUAAUAGAGACUUUUUGAGCUUAUAAUGAGAGAUAUUGAAAAAUUUUAUAUUAAUCAUCAAAAAAGUAGGACUCUUGGUUUAUAAAGUAGGACUCUUUGUUUAUAAUUUUCUUUGAUUUGCAGCCCAUCCAAUCAGAAAUGAUGUUCGUUGUCCGUUACAAACCCGACGAACAGAGCUUCCUUCGUCCGCACAACGAUGCCUCCACUUAUUCCAUCGACAUUGCCCUCAACAAAAGGGGAGUUGACUUCGAAGGAGGUGGUGUAAGAUACGUUCGAUACAAUUGCACCGUCCCAGCAGAUGAAGUCGGUGAGUAAAAUUGGGAAAACUCUCAGUGUUAGUAGUUAUAUUAAUCUUCUCUAUUGGUGUAAUAAUUCGGUCCACCAACAACUUUUAUUUCUCUUCACUUUCAGGCCAUUCGAUGCUGUUCCCCGGCCGACUGACCCAUCUCCAUGAAGGCCUGCCCACCACAAAAGGCACCAGAUAUAUUUUGGUCUCUUUCAUCAACCCAUAG